AUGUUAUUUCUUUUUCUUUCUUUUUUUUUCUUUUUUUUUUUCUAUAUAAUUUUUUUUUUGUUUUUUUUUUUUUGCCUUUCGAAAUUACGUAUCUUUAGAAUUUCUCUUGUAUUAUAUCCUAACGUUUCUUCAAUAUUAUUUUUCUUAUUUUCUUUCUUUUCUUUCUUUUUUUUUCUGGAACUUUUUUUUCUUGUUUUUUUUCACUUUCCGAAUUAUUUUUUCACUUUUAGUUGUAUAAUUUUUUUUUUCUUUUUUUUUUUUUUUGCCUUUUUCCACGUAUCUUUCACAACUUCUCUCUGUAUUAUAUCCCAACGUUUCUUCAAUAUUAUUUUCUUUCUUUCGUUUUUUUUUUCUUUUUUUUUUCUUUGUUUUCUUUUCACUUUCCGAAUUAUUUUUUUCACUUUUAGUUGUAUAAUUUUUUUUUUUUUUUUUUUUUUUUGCCUUUCGAAAUUCCACGUAUCUUUCACAACUUCUCUCUGUAUUAUAUCCCAACGUUUCUUCAAUAUUAUUUUCUUUCUUUCUUUCUUUCUUUUUUUUCUUUCUUUUUUCUUGUUUUGUUUUCACUUUCCGAAUUCUUUUUCACUUUUAGUUGGUUUUACUGUAUUCUUUUUUUCAUUGUAUUCGGAUUCCUUCAGUAUAAUUUUUUUUCUUUUUUUUUUUCUUUUGCCUUUUCGAAAUUCCACGUAUCUUUCACAACUUCUCUCUGUAUUAUAUCCUAACGUUUCUUCAAUAUUAUUUUUUUUUCUUUCUUUUCUUUUUUUUUUUUCUUUUUCUUGUUUUGUUUUCACUUUCUUUCCGAAUUCUUUUUUUCAAUUUUUUAGUUGGUUUUACUGUAUUCUUUUUUCAUUGUAUCUGGAUUCCUUCAGUAUAAUUUUUUAUUUUUUUUUUUUUUUGCCUUUCGAAAUUCCACGUAUCUUUCACAACUUCUCUCUGUAUUAUAUCCCAACGUUUCUUCAAUAUUAUUUUCUUUUUCUUCUUUUUUUUUUUUCUUUUUUUUCUUGUUUUUUUUCACUUUCCGAAUUCUUUUUUCACUUUUAUAUAAUUUUUUCUUUCUUUUUUUUUCUUUGCCUUUUCGAAAUUCCACGUAUCUUUCACAACUUCUCUCUGUAUUAUAUCCUAACGUUUCUUCAAUAUUAUUUUCUUUCUUUCUUUCUUUCUUUUUUUUCUUUCUUUUUUCUUGUUUUCUUUCACUUUCCGAAUUCUUUUUCACUUUUAGUUGGUUUUACUUAUAAUUUUUUAUUUUUAUUUUUUCUUUGCCUUUUCGAAAUUCCACGUAUCUUUCACAACUUCUCUCUGUAUUAUAUCCUAACGUUUCUUCAAUAUUAUUUUCUUUCUUUCUUUCUUUUUUUUCUUUCUUUUUUCUUGUUUUCUUUCACUUUCCGAAUUCUUUUUCACUUUUAUAUAAUUUUUUCUUUCUUUUUUUUUCUUUGCCUUUUCGAAAUUCCACGUAUCUUUCACAACUUCUCUCUGUAUUAUAUCCUAACGUUUCUUCAAUAUUAUUUUUUUCUUUCUUUUCUUUUUUUUUUUCUUUCUUUUUUGUUUUUUUUUCACUUUCCGAAUUCUUUUUUUUCACUUUUAGUUGGUUUUACUUAUAAUUUUUUUUUUUUUUUUUUUCUUUGCCUUUUCGAAAUUCCACGUAUCUUUCACAACUUCUCUCUGUAUUAUAUCCUAACGUUUCUUCAAUAUUAUUUUCUUUCUUUCUUUUUUUUUUUUUUCUUUUUUCUUGUUUUCUUUCACUUUCCGAAUUCUUUUUCACUUUUAGUUGGUUUUACUGUAUUCUUUUUUCAUUUUGGUUUUACUGUAUUCUUUUUUCCGUUAUGUUCGCAUUCCUCAAUCAUUCUUUCCUUUUAUACCGUCUCCAUUGUCGCUUUUUUCUUUCUUCUCCUUCUUUCUUUUUUCUUUGUUUCUUUCUUUGACAUUUGCAAACCAUUGUCGCUUUUUAUUCGUUCUUUGUAUUUUUUCUUUCUUUCUUUCUUUCUUUCUUUCCUUCUUUCUUUUCUUCUUUCUUUCUUAAUUUCUUUCUUUAUUUCUUUACUUCUCCUUCUUUCUCUCUUUUACGCUUUAUACUUAAGUCUUUUUUCUUUUCCGUUCUUUCCAUUUAUCGCUUUUGUUCUUUCCUUCUCUUUACUUUCUUCUCCCUACAUAAUUUUUCCUUCCUUCCUUCCUUCCUUUCUUUCUUUCUUUCUUUCUUUCUUUCUUUCUUUCUUUCUUUCUUUCUUUUUUACCCUUUUCAGGAGAUUACGUACACUAUUUUCUAUUCUUCUUCUUUUGUUUCCAUUUUGUAUUCUUUGCUCCUAUCUUCCAACUCCAACUCUCUUACGCCUCCUCUUACCUUUUCUCUUUUUUUUGGUAAAUAAUUUCUUUCUUUCUUUCUUUCUUUCUUUCUUUCCUUCCUUCCUCCUCUCUUUCGUUCUUUCUUUCUUUCUUUCUCACUUUCGUUCUUUCUUUCUCACUUUCGUUCUUUCUUUCUUUCUUUCUUUUCUUUUAUCUUUAUUAUUUCUCUUUUAUUUAUCCAUUUUAGCAGCAGACAUUAUCUACGUUUUACUUUUUGUCCUUUUUGUAUAUUCUUUUCUUUCUUUCAUCUUCGUCAUCAUUUAUUUCUCUUUUUCUUUUUUCUUUUUGCAGUUGACUUUCUACCGUUUUAUUCACUUUUCUGUCUUUCAGUUCCUUCGUUUCCUCAUCUUCUUUUUCUUUUCUAAUUUCAUUAUCUACUGUAUGUUACUUUCUCUUCGUCUAUCUUUCUUUUUUCUUCAUAUUAAUUUUUACUCUUUUUUCCUUCUUUUUUAA